GCCACCCAGGCACCUCUCACCAUAGAUUUUUAAGUUUUAUUUUUCUCUUCUAGUUCCCCUGCUCAUAUUAUGGAUAGUAAUAGCAACAGUGACACUUAGGGAGCACUGACAGGCAUUGUUUAAGCACUUGUAUUAACUCAGCUAAUCCUCACAACCACAUAGAGUACUUGCUAUUAUUAUCUCUUGUUUUUCCAACGAAGAAAGUGAGAGGUUAAGGGACUUGCCCAAGGCAACAGAGCCAGUGAGCAGCAGAGUCAGGAUUUGAACCCAAGUGGUCUGGCUCUAGCAGCCAUAUUCUUAACUUACUACAUUGUGUGCUCUCUCGGAUACAUGUGCUGUUGUGGUGGAUGACGUCUGUGGACAUGAAUAUCACCUCCUCAGACCUGCUGUUUCACAUGCGAGAUGUUUUUCAUAUACACAAGUGGUGCUGGGCUGUGGAUCUUGUCAUGUUUCUUUUGUUGUUGUUCUGCUUAUAUUUUCUCUUGAAAAUAUCCACAGGGCUGUUUUGACUUCUAAUGUGCUAUAUCUGACUGCUGCAUGCUCUUCUGCCCUGGGCAUCCACCACACCUCAGUGACCCAUUCUCCUUGUUUGGUAUGCCUUCGACUUGCUACCUCUGCAAACAGUGCUCCAAGGAACAUCUUAUCUGUGUCUCCUUAAUAACCUGUGCUAGAGUUUCUCUUGGUGAUGUACGCAGGAGUGAGUGGAUCUAUCUCAAAGCGUAUGUGAAUAUUUUAUUUCACCAAUAUUGACAAAUGGUUCUCCAGAAUGGUGAUACAAUUUAUCACUCCUGCCAGCAGCACCAGGGUUUUCCUUCACAUUCUUGCCAACGCUUGGUAAUUUUUGGCUAUUCUGAUGAAUGUGAAAUAGUAUCUUAUCAUUUUCCGUUAAAAAAAAUUUUUUUUGAGAGAGACAAAGUGUAUAUGAGUGUGUGUGUGCCAGGAUAGGGGGUAUGUAGGGACAGAUGGAGAGGGAGAGAGGGAAUCUUCAAACAUAUUCCAUGGAGCCCGACUUAGGGCUCAACCCUGAGAUCAUGACCUGAGUUGAAAUCAAGAGUCAGAAGCUUAAUGGACUGAGCCACCCAGGCGCCACUCUUACUUAAUUUGCAUAUUUCUGGUUAUAAGUGGGAAUGUGCACCUCUUCCCUCUGUUGGCCACUCGAGCUUCCUCUGUUUGUAUUUAUAUGUGUACAUGUGUGUACGUCAGUUUUCCUUGUACACUCUUCUUAGUGGUCUCCUGUGGCUUCUGGAUGUUGUAAAUGCCUUCUCCCUGACUGUCAUCCCUACCUUUCACUGAAUGGAAAUCUAAUUAGGUUUUGAGCUUCUGGGAUCUUAUUUAAUAAGCCAUUCUCUAUCAUAUAGUGACAAAAUUCUGUAUUUUCUUAACUUUAUCAUCUUACCAUUCACAUUUGGAUCUUUUAUCCAUUUGGAUUUUCCUUUGUAUAAAGUAAGAGGAAAAGAUCCAACUUUAUUUUUCUUCAAACAGUGAGCCUCAUUCCUAGUACUUAUUAACUUUAUUUUUUAAAAGAUUUUAUUUUUUUAACUGGUCUCUACACCCAACAUGGGGCUUGAACCCACAACCCGGAGAUCAAGAGUGCAUGCCUCACACUGACCUGAGCCAGCUGGUGCCCCCACCAUUAAUUUUUAAUAAAUUAUCUUUUGCCCAUUCACAUAUGGUUCACUUUUUAUCAUAUCUUAAGUUUCCAUGUAUAAAUGAGUGUAUUUUAUGCUCAUUUGCCCAUUAUAUUAGUUUAACAAUAACUUAGCAGUAUGCUUUAGUAUCUGGCAGAGAUUAAUUAUUCAAGGACCUUUAUUCUUCUAUGUAAGUUUUAACUAAGUUGCUGAGUUCAUAAAAAAAUUAAUAUUUGAUUUCUGGAAAGAUCUAGAUUUGUUGAUAGGCCAAUUCUUUCCUUCUGUAUAGUUAUUUACCCUUAUAUCGUUAUUAUCUGGUACAGUAGCUCACAUAUUCAGUAGCUCAGUAAAUAUUUAUAGAACUGAACUAUUGUUUGACUGAUUUAUGUCCCCUUUCAGAGUGACUGGGCAGGAAACAAUGUGACGAUAAUGGAUGUCACAUUUGAAGCCGUACUGUCUUCCUUUGAGUGAGAGGAGAUAGCUGAGGAGAGCAAAGAUCAGAGUUGACCCCUUAUGUAACAAGGACAACUGUGGCUUUUGUUUUGAUUCCUAUAAUGACUAAGUAAGAUUAGGCAUUUUUUAAAAAAAGAUUUUAUUUAUUCAUGAUAGAGAGAGAGAGAGAGAGAGAGGCAGAGACACAGGCAGAGGGAGAAACAGGCUCCAUGCCAGGAGGCUGACGCGGGACUCGAUCCCGGGACUCCAGGAUCGUGCCCUGGGCCAAAGGCAGGCGCUAAACUGCUGAGCCACCCAGGGAUCCCCAAGAUUAGGCAUUUUUUAUUGAAAAUAGCUUCUGCAUUGAGCUUUAGAAGUGGCAGCAAGGGUCAUAAGCAUCAAUAGCUGGGUUCCUAAUGGACGUUUUAAAGGAAAAUAUGAAACUUAAGCCAGGAGAUGAGAGAGGGGGAAGUCUUGUUAGUUAAUUCAUCUGAUCUUGUUACGGACUCCUUGACUGUCCCGUUGCAAAUACCUCUGUUAGAACAAAUCGCGCUACAAGAAUGAGGAGGAUGCCAUCUAGUGGCAGUAACUCCAUGCGGCACCAUUUGAUCUUCUUUCCUGGGUAAUAACAGGAAAUACGUGAGCGCCUACAGGAUGUUAGGAGCUAUUGUAAGAGUUGUGCACAUUACAGCAAAACCCAUGAGACAGAAGUGUUUAUUACCACUAUUGUAAAGAGAACUGGUUUGCCAGCAUACACUGGUUAAGGAGGACUGAGAAUUCAGACAUGACCCUAGGCUUUCUUCAGGAAAGUUGGACAAGAGAUUUGGAAAAUACAGAAACUGAAGUUCAGAAAGGAACAACAACCUGCAAACACUAGGAAGUAGCAGAGCCCAGACCCAAACUGAAGUCAUUGUGACUCCAGGAACUGUGUGGUGAGAAGGGAGGCCAGCUGCCUGAGGUAUCCUUUUAGACAGUUUCUGCUUCUUCAGGAGAAGUCAACAGGAUCUGCACAAUGGCACAUUGUCAUGAAUACAUUGAAUACAUGAAUACUCCUGUUCUGGCGAACAGGAGAUGGGCUGUUCUUCCUGGUUUAUAGCAACACAACUCAAAAUUCUUUAUGAAAUAGAUGAAUAUGAACAGAGGAUAUGAGAUAACAAAAGGAGCUCUAACAUUGAAAACUUUGAGACCUGAAUCAUGGAAGACACAACUUCUUAUACUUAAGACUUGUUGGGCCAAGUGUGAAGAGUUGUGCUGAAUUCUAAGACCUGAUUUUCUCUCCCUCCAGUUUGGACCUCAGCUUAUUCCCUAUUCUGUUAUAUGGAAUCCUACAUUUCUGAAGGGAGAGAUAUAGCAUCUCUGGAGAUUUUUGAAAAAAUAAGAUUAUACUUGGGAGAUGUAGUUGACACUAUAUCCAUCAACAGAAGACCCUUCUGAUAGCUCUCUUCUAGUAUUCAUCCUGAAGCAGUAACACAGAAUUAUCUGCCUAGAAGGAUAUGUCUUCUUUAUCAGAAUGCAAAGUAUGAAGAUAUACAAGGUAUAUAAGGACCGUACAUUUAGAUUUUGAGUCUCCUGCUAUCCAUGGGCAGACUAAGGCCCUGAGAGAAGAUGCUCUGAAGAUCAUUCUUAGGUGGGAGAAUGAACCUCUAUAUACUGAUGUUGUGCCCAAGAUUGUGAAUCCAAGAAACCACCAAGGAGCCGACACCGAUGCAAGCACACAAGGGUUUAUUUACAAGCUCGAGCUUGGGUCCAAGUAUACUCGACACAGCAGAGCAGGGACUUGGACCCUGAGGAGGACUUCAAGUGUUUUAGACUGUGGAACAUCCAGAUGCUAUGUCACAGACGUCUGUCAGACCUACGCAAUAGGCUUUGGAUCCUCUGUCCAGAAAUUGAUAUGGUGUUUGAGAAUUUUGAAGAUUCCGUAUAUUUGGCAUUGCAGUCACUCUAAACAAAUAGGACUUGGCACGUAUCUGACUCAAGGGAAGGAGAAUGCAAGAGAUGCUGGUUGAAUGGAAAACAGGAUCCAAGGGAACACCCAGAGGCGGAAUGCUACAGUGAUGCUCUGGAGCCCUCUUGAGAACUGACUAUGGAGAAAUCUUUGAAGUUAGAAUUCACAUUUCUUUGAUCUUUAAUGGCCAGUGGUAAGCAGAGUGUAUUGUUCAUGGCAUGUGGCAGAUUGGAAGAUGUCCACUCACCGUGGUAAGGGUGACCUCCUCACCUUCCCACCUCCCCCACAAGCUUCAUUGAGAUACAAUUGGCAUACAACAUUGGCAUAAUGCCCUCCAGUUCCAUCUGAGUCAAUGCAAAUGAAGAUCCUGGAAUUCAAAUAGACUGCACAGAACGCUAAAAGCAACCAGGAAGCAGUAUCUGCCAAGAUGAAGACGUGCCUGCUCCUGUGGUUGCUUGCCAGUCUCUCUGGAUGCCUACAGCCAAUUGUGACGGCUCUACUGGAGGCAUCACCAUUCUCCUGGUCAUCCAGAAACAAGCUAUGAUGGCCAUCUGUGUCUGUUACACUAGCUCCCUCCUCCCCAACUCCAUCAGCUUCUGUGACUUUAUUUCCUCCCAUAAAGUUUUUCUGUCCAUGUAUUUACAUCCCCUGCACGGUCGCCCAGGGCCAAGCCGUCACUUCCUAAUUCCUGUACCACCCAAGUAUACCAAUGUAUCUCUCAUCUCUCAUCUUAAUCAGUCCAGAUCCCCAGUACCAUACCAGCUUUCCACAGCUGCAAUUUUCAUCAUGUUAAAUUCUUCCUCAGAAGACUUGAAUCUCUCCUUUUGUAAUGCCCAAAGUCCUGACUUUUCUUCAUGACUUUCAUGAUACUCCAUAAUAUGGCCUCCAUAGGCAUGUUAGCUGUGUUCCACUUCACUAACCAUGGCCGGGGGUGGGGGGUGCUUACCUCCAUCCCAACACACACACCAUCGCCCAGUGCUGAUGUAGGCAGGAAAUACUGCUGAGGUACCAUGAGAGGGACUAUCCUAUUUUGCCUGGGAUGGGAAAACAAGGGACAGAAGUGAAAUACCUUCUCUCAGAAAUAUGCUCACUGUGACCACAGUGAGAUCUCAGUAGGAUGUGGGAAAGACAGUUUCUGGCUUGGAAUGCAGUUCAUUCCUACACAUAUUUAUAAAGCAUCGUGGGAAGAUACGAAGGAAAAAGGGACACCAUCCCUGCCACUAAAGAUUUGCAAUCACUAGGGAGAUGAAGACUCAAGCCACCUGUGGAAGAGAACACAGAAUGAAAGAGUCAGUAAUGCCUCCUUCUUUUGUAGAAGGUACAAGACCCCGUGAAGUGGGCAAGGCAAAUAUUAGACUCAUUUUCUAGAGGAUAAAGCUUUCUUACCUGCUUGAGAAUUUAAGUGGCUUGUUUAUUGUCACAGGACUAAUAAUUUAGCAGAUCAGGGUCUCCUGGCUGUGCAGUCCUCUGCCUGCAGACAGUGAAGUUAUGACAUACUCUGAGAGCCAUCAAGCAUUCCCAGGAGCUGUGAGAGCUCUUGGCUAAGGUGGCAUUUACCUGCAAAUUGAAGGAUCCGGGGAGAUUUCAAUCAUAGGAGAAAGGAGUGAAGAAAGAAUAUUCCAGAAAUAAAGAAACUCCAUGAGCAAGGGCACAGAGCAGGACAAGAGGAGCCACCCAAGGGCAAGAUGGCUUGGGGAGUGAAGACUCCCUCCCUUUGCCUCCCCUGAGAAGCUGAGAUAAAGGAGGAGGAGAGGCCUGAGUGUCUCUGCACUGAUAAACAGACUCCACCCAGAGGCCAAUAGCAUGGGUAUGGGGACAGGAGGGUCAAAUGGCAGAAGUGCCCCUUCUCCAGGACAAAUGAACUGGGGUGGGGGUAGGAGGGAGGCCAUUUCCUGAACCCCUGUUUCCAGACUCAGCACUUAGGGUGGAAUCAGCAAGGCUUCAGGGAGCCAGAGGGAAGUGAGAGACGGCAAGUCCCCUGGCAAGUCCCCUGGCAAGUCCCCUGGAGAAAACCCUUCCCUUCUGGGGUCAGAUGCCUAGGGUGGGGGAGGGGAGGAAUGGUCCCUUGCGCAAGGGCCCUGCCCCCCACUAGAGAGGAGGGAAUCUGAGGGUUGGAGAGAAGAAAUGGGAGAGAAGAGGAAGGUAUCUGGAGAGGGAGGAAAGUAGGGGUGCAUCCAGGGGAGGGGCCCCUUCUGAAGCCCUUCUGGGAACACUGCCCUGGAUGAUAGCGCCUGUGUGACGGGAAGCGUCAAAACGACCUGAUAUAACUCUCUUUAAUGCACCCCCUUCCUGAACCAGCUUCUCUCCCCUCCCUCCUCCUCAGUUCAGGAGGGUGGAGACCAGAGUGGGGAAGAACCCAGGCUGGGGGAAUGAGCCAGCCAAGUGGAAUGGGACCUCCCUGGAACCAGGAGAGAUCCCCAGAAGGAAGGCUGCCCACUGAACCUGGCGGACGGUGGUCCACAGUCAGGGGGGUGCUGAUCGCUGGCCUGCUUUUCAGUGUGCUCCUUGGCUUCUCUGUGCUUUUGGUCUACGUUUUCCGGAGCUGUGGCCCUAGCCCCUGUAGGACGCCAGCAUGUUGGGACCUCCUGGCUCGUUACUUGGCCUCUGGGAACACCAGUGUGGCCCCCUGCACCGAUUUCUUCAGCUUUGCCUGUGGAAAGGCCAAAGGGACCGAUUAUUCUUUCCAGGCCCUUGCAAAGGAGAACACGGAUCGACUUCGGAAAAUACUGGAAACCCCAGAUUCUUGGCACCUGGGCUCUGGGGAAGAGAAAGCCUUCCAGUUCUACAAAUCCUGCAUGGACACGGGUGCCAUCGAAGCUGCUGGGGCUGCCCCCCUGAAACACGUCAUUGAGGAGCUUGGAGGCUGGCGAAUCUCCGGUAAUUGGACUUCCUUAGACUUUAACCGAACUCUGAGCCUUCUGAUGAGUCAGUAUGGUUAUUUUCCAUUCUUCAGAGCCUAUCUGCAACCUCGUCCCACCCCUCCGUACACGCCAAUCAUCCAGAUAGACCAGCCAGAGUUUGAUGUUCCCCUCAAGCAAGAGCAGGAACAGAAGAUCUAUGCUCAGAUUGUUCGGGAAUACCUGGCUUAUCUGUACCAGCUGGGAACCUUGCUGGGAGGAGACCCAACCAAGGUGCAAGAACAUGCCUUCCUGUCCAUCUCCAUUACCUCGCAGCUGUUUCAUUUUGUGAAGCCUCUGGAGCAGCGACGGGCACAGGGAAAGCUCUUCCACAUGGUCACUAUUGAUCAACUGCAGCCUUUGUGUCCCUCCUCUAAGGAAAUGGCCCCUGCCAUCGACUGGUUGUCCUGCUUGCAAGCGACAUUCACGCCAAUGUCCCUGAGCCCCUCCCAGCUCCUCAUGGUCCAUGACCUAGAGUAUUUGAAAAACAUGUCUCAACUGGUGGAGGAGCAGCUGUCAAAACACAGAGACUUUUUGCAGAGCCACAUGAUCUUGGGCCUGGUAAGGACCCUUUCUCCAGCCCUAGAUAGUAAAUUCCAGGAAGCACACAGAUCGCUGAUCCAGAAACUGGGGGAGCUGACGGAACGACCAGCCAUGCCAGCCCGCCCUCGAUGGAUGAAGUGCGUGGAGGAGACAGGAGCCUUCUUCGAGCCUACCCUGGCUGCCUUGUUUGUCCGUGAGGCCUUCAGCCCAAGCACCCGAAGUGCUGCCAUGGAACUAUUCACUGCAAUCAAGGAUGCCCUCCUCAGUCGCCUCAGAAGGAUUCCCUGGAUGGAUGAGAAGACCCGGAAAGAGGCCCAGAACAGGGUAACCCAACUGCAGGUGAAGAUGGGGGCCCCAGAAUGGGUCCUGGAGCCAUCACUGGCCAGACAGGAAUACAAGGAUAUACAGCUUGGACCCAACUACCUGCAGUCCUUCCUGAGCUGUGUCCGAUCCCUCCGAGCCAGAAUUGUCCAGAGCUUCUUGCCGUCUUUCCUCUACCACAGGUGGCAGGUGUCCCCCUGGGGGGUCAAUGCUUACUAUUCAAUAUCUGACCAUGUGGUGGUCUUCCCAGCUGGACUCCUCCAACCUCCAUUCUUCCACCCUGGCUACCCCAGAGCCGUGAACUUUGGAGCUGCUGGCAGCAUCAUGGCCCACGAGCUGUUGCACAUCUUCCACCAGCUCUUACUCCCUCGGGGCUGCCCAGCCUGUGACACCCGUGCCCUACAGGGGGCGCUGCUGUGCCUGAAACGCCACUAUGCGGCCAUUCCGUUACCCAGUGGAACCUCCUUCAAUGAAUCUCAGACGUUCCUGGAGAAUGCUGCCGACGUUGGGGGGCUGGCCAUUGCACUGCAGGCAUACAGCAAGAGGCUGUUGUGGCACCGCGGGGAAACCGUCCUGCCCAACCUGGACCUCAGCCCUCAGCAACUCUUCUUCCGAAGCUACGCCCAGGCGAUGUGUAGGGAGCCGGGCACCCAGGAGCCUCAUGAUCCUCACAGCCCUCCCACCCUUCGAGUCCACGGGCCCCUCAGCAACACCCCUGCCUUUGCCAGACAUUUCCACUGUCCACGCGGUGCCCUCAUGAACCCCUCCAGCCGCUGCCAACUCUGGUAACCUAGCUACCAUAGAGACUUCCCUUCAGAUGUCACAACAUCUCCUUGCUCCAUCCAUGGAAUCAGGCGAUAAUCUCCUUUCCCCAUCCCUUCCAAAAAUAAAAGCUGGCACAUGGCAUAGGUCUGUCCA